AGUUUUUUUUUUUAAUUUUAAAUUUUUAAUUUGAUACUCGUAUUCUACUCCUUCUUCGUCCUCUCCUCACUCAAAACCGUGUGGUCCAAUCUUUCAACUUUUUAUUGUUAUAUAUAUAUAUAUAUUUAUAUAAAUCCUACUUCCGCCUCUCUGGUCUUACCCUUCCCAAUUAGGGAAGAACAUUCUUCGUCCACAUGGGGCCUAAACCACCUCCGCUCCCCCACCGCCACCGCUGCCGCCGCCUGAUAUUCCUGCUCCACCUCCUCCUCCUCACUCUUGUCUUCGUUUCCACAAAUGCUGCCGGCCUUUUCCGAGAAGCUCCGGAGUUUUACAAUUCCCCGGAGUGCCCUUCCGUAGAUUCCGCAACUGAGGAGGGCGAUCUUGAAUCCGCCGCAUACCUGUGCUCCGAGGAGGCCGUGCACGUGGCGAUGACGCUCGACGGCGCCUACCUCCGCGGCUCGAUGGCGGCGAUCCUCUCCAUCAUCCAGCACUCCUCCUGCCCCCAGAACGCCGUCUUCCACUUCGUCGCAUCCGCCUCCGCCAACGCGUCGCUCCUACGCGCCACGAUCGCGUCCUCUUUCCCCUUCCUCAAGUUCCGAGUCUACCGGUUCGACGAUUCCUCCGUCGCGGGGCUGAUCUCAACCUCCAUCCGCUCCGCCCUCGACUGCCCCCUGAACUACGCCCGCAGCUACCUGGCGGACAUCUUGCCCCACUGCGUGAGGAAAGUCGUCUACCUCGACUCCGAUCUGGUCCUCGUCGACGACAUUGCGAAGCUCGCCGCCACGCCUCUCGGAGAAGACCGAGUCCUGGCCGCGCCGGAGUACUGUAACGCCAAUUUCACAUCCUAUUUCACGCCGACGUUCUGGUCAAAUCCUUCGCUGUCCCUCACCUUCGCGAAUCGAAACGCCUGCUACUUCAACACGGGGGUCAUGGUGAUAGAUCUCGAUCGCUGGAGAGCAGGGGACUACACGACGAAAAUCGAGGAAUGGAUGGAGCUCCAGAAGAGGAUCAGGAUCUACGAGCUUGGAUCGCUGCCGCCGUUUCUGCUGGUGUUCGCCGGGAAAAUAGCUCCGGUGGAUCACCGGUGGAACCAACACGGGCUAGGAGGGGAUAAUUUCCGGGGACUGUGCCGGGAUUUGCAUCCCGGGCCGGUGAGCCUUCUCCAUUGGAGUGGGAAAGGGAAGCCAUGGGCCCGGCUCGACGCUAACAGGCCUUGUCCAUUGGAUGCUCUUUGGGCCCCUUACGAUCUGUUAAAAUCUCCAUUUUAUUUCGAUUCUUGAAAAUUAUCAACCAAAAAAAAAACAGAGAGGUUCAAAUGUAUAGUACAUAAAAAUAGAGAAGAAGAAGAAGACAAUGAAUGUGGAUCGGGUCGGGCCAGUAGUGAUCAGAUCAUCUUCUGGGCCACUUUCUUCCUCCCUCACCCAUAUAGAGUUGCAGGGGUGGAAAAUAUCAAAUUUCGUUAUUCUUUUCUCGCGCUGCAAAAACAGCCAAAAUGUGAAUAACAGAAACGAACUUAA